ACAUCCUCCGGUGACGUCAGCCGGGGCCGCCAUAUUGGAAAGGCGCCGCCGCCGCCUCCGUUUCGGAGCUCGGGCUGUCUCGGGGGCCGAGGCCGCAGGCAGGAAGGCGCCCCUCUCCUGCUCCGCCGACGCCCGGCCAGCCCGCUUCGCCCUGACCUGUCUCCUCAUGACUGCCCCUGGCCCUGCUGCCUACGGACGUCGCCCCGGCGUCCGGAUUUAACACGGAAACCCGGGUCGGAGGCCGCGCGGGGAGGAGGAGGGCGAGCAGGUCGGUCCCGCGUCCCUCUCGGCCCGGCUCGGCGCCUCGGCGGGAGCCAUGACCUCGCUGACCCAGCGCAGCUCGGGCCUGGUGCAGCGGCGCACCGAGGCCUCCCGCAACGCCGCCGACAAGGAGCGGGCGGCAGGCGGCGGCGCCGGCAGCAGCGAGGACGACGCGCAGAGCCGCCGCGACGAGCAGGACGACGACGACAAGGGCGACUCCAAGGAAACGCGGCUGACCCUGAUGGAGGAGGUGCUCCUGCUGGGCCUCAAGGACCGCGAGGGUUACACAUCAUUUUGGAAUGACUGUAUAUCAUCUGGAUUACGUGGCUGUAUGUUAAUUGAAUUAGCAUUGAGAGGAAGGUUACAACUAGAGGCUUGUGGAAUGAGACGUAAAAGUCUAUUAACAAGAAAGGUAAUCUGUAAGUCGGAUGCUCCAACAGGGGAUGUUCUUCUUGAUGAAGCUCUGAAGCAUGUUAAGGAAACUCAGCCUCCAGAAACGGUCCAGAACUGGAUUGAAUUACUUAGUGGUGAGACAUGGAAUCCAUUAAAAUUGCAUUAUCAGUUAAGAAAUGUACGGGAACGAUUAGCUAAAAACCUGGUGGAAAAGGGUGUAUUGACAACAGAGAAACAGAACUUCCUACUUUUUGACAUGACAACACAUCCCCUCACCAACAACAACAUUAAGCAGCGCCUCAUCAAGAAAGUACAGGAAGCUGUUCUUGACAAAUGGGUGAAUGACCCUCACCGCAUGGACAGGCGUUUGCUGGCCCUCAUUUACCUGGCUCAUGCCUCGGACGUCCUGGAGAAUGCUUUUGCUCCUCUUCUGGACGAGCAGUAUGAUUUGGCUACCAAGAGAGUGCGGCAGCUUCUUGACUUAGACCCCGAAGUGGAAUGUCUGAAGGCCAACACCAAUGAGGUUCUGUGGGCGGUGGUGGCAGCAUUCACCAAGUAACUCUGCUCGGGUUGAACCAUUCUCCUUUCUCUCAAGUAAACCAGUAGUUUUUCUUCUGUUGACUUCUGGUUUUCUGUAAUUUGUACUUUCCCACACUAUAAUUGGCUUCUGUUUUACAAAAUGGUGGGUGGCUUUUCCUUUUUUGUGUGUAUACAGGAUUCUGCUGGUACGAGAGGCCUUCCUCUUUCUGUUUUUAAAAAAAAGUUUUACUGCCAUAUUGGCAUUCCAUUCCCUGUUGCCAUCCUCACUGUUACCUGUUUUUGGUUUCUGGUCUACUUUGACUUUCAAAGUACCUCCAGCCUCCUCAUAUGCACAGCUUUUGGAUGACCUCAGCUUGAGUUUCUCCAUAUGUGCAUGUACAUCUAGCAUUCUGCCUACAGUUCAGACAGAAGUCACAAAAAGGCCUUCAACUCACCAAAGGUAAAUAUCUGUAUCUAUUAGGACGUUUUAUACAUAGACUUCAGUUGAGAUGUAUACUUAGCAAAAUUAUUUUUAAAUUGAAACAGCACAGUAAAUACUUAAUAUAAAAUGCCCCUUGGAUUUUGCUUCCCGUGUAAAUCUGUUGUAUUAUUACACUUGUUAUAAUUUUAACUAUAAAGGUCCAGUUGUUUCACAGAGCCAGUUUGGGAUGGGCUGCAUUCCAUUUAUGCUGUACAUAGUUUGAAUUAUAUAUAAAUUGCCCCUUCUUCUGGCCACCCCUGCUCCCGUCUUAGUAUUUUGCAAGAUUUUAUCGGUUGUACACCUGGUGCCCCUCACUUGCUUCAGUCAUGGUUAUUUGAUGGCGAAAUUGACCUGUCAUCACUGAAGGAGAGAGAAAAGAUGUGUGUCUGAUUGGUCCUGGGAAUUUUUGAGCUGUGCCAUUUAUGGUACUCUUUGCCUAUGCAUCCCCUUUUUAGAUUUUUUUAAAAUUUUAUCUUACUGUUUUUAUAAUUUCUACUGGGAAGAGGCUUGUGACCAGUACCAAUCUUGAGUUUCUUUUUCUGUCUACAAGUAAAUUAAUGUCUGCUCUGAAAUGUCAUUUAUCUACUCACACGUUCUUGGGGAAAAAAAUCAAAUGUCCUAGCAGAUGUUGCAUGUAAAUUGGUAGCAAGUAAUGAUUACAGCCCAGAGGAUUAAGAAUUUUGUAACAGAAAGCUCUGCUAUGUUUUAAUUUUUUAUAUACAAUUAUGAUAAUUAGCAUUGUCAGACUAUAAACGUUUGCUUUUUAAAAUUUAUUUUUACUAUUUCUUUAUCACUGUUUAUUGUAUCAUCACCAUUGAUUUCAUAAUGUAAAUACUAUAUAUUGAACAAAUUAAAUGUCAGAUUUUUUUGUUACCAUAGUCCAUGUUAAUAGUGGGGCUUUCAGGUGUUUAGAGAUUUUUUUGUUGUUGUUGUUAACAUUCAUUGCAAAAGUACUAGAUGGUGUAUAACUCUAGAGUUGAAUUUUAAGGGAUUCCCUAAUAUGUAUACUAUCUUUUUAUCUGAAGUAAUAAAUAAACUAUGAUCUUGAAAGUGCCUGAAUCAGA